AUGGUACUACUCCUGUUGAUCUCAUCAUCACUGCAGUACUUGAAUUUGCGCUACACAUCACUUUCGGAUCGUGCGAUACCAGUACUUGCGCGAACAUUACGCUCCCAACCAUCGCUGACGGUUCUACACCUGGAAAACGUUUCUCUGGCCGGACGAAACCUGAUUCUAGUUGUCAUAAAGAGCAAUAGCGAUCUUGGCGAAGAAUACGGCAAUCUUAGUGAUAUCCCCGUUGAGUCGCAAAAUGCCUCACAUGCAAGUCAGCCUUAUGCGCAUGUUCAGAGUGGAAAAAGAUUUGUCGCAAGUAACAGUGUUUCGCAAGACCGUAAGUAUGUGGCAGAAUAUUCGUUCGUGAUGUUAGAAUUGCUUGAAGCAUCAUACGCGGUGCCCACUGCUUGCUGUGCACUGAAGACGAAUACGGUGCUCCGCGAACUUUAUUUGGGUGAUAAUAAUCUACAAGCUGCUGACGGCGCACAUAUCUAUCAACUGAUAAUUUCAAAUGUUUCUAUACAGCUGCUUGAUUUAAGAAACAAUCAGUUGCAGGAUGGCGGCCUUCGUCAUAUUUGUGAUGCCUUAAAACAUCGCGAUACAACCAAACACAGUGCAUUAUCAGCAUUGGUAUUAUGGAAUAACCGUAUAACAAGUGCUGGAUUGGAAGCCUUGGCACAGGCACUGGUUGGUUAA